GAACUGUGCUGUACACAACCAUCUGCAGGAGAGAGGGGCUGUCCAUACAGGUGAACACAGACUGCUGAUCAGUGGGACCCAGUCACCUGCAGCAGAAGGAGGGGGGGGGGGUCACAUGAUCACACUGCCUGUGCCAGCUAUAUAAUCUGCAGCAAUAGACAGUGAGCAAACUCUGGUCCAGCCUAAGGCUCAGGCUCUCUGCAUCCUUCCUGUCAUCACAGCCUGCAGGCUCUCUGCACAUCCAGGAUGGGUCUUGUGAAAUGUUUAUUGCUGGCAGCUGUCUGCAUUCAAGUUUCCUCCAUGCCCCUGUCCAACCAGCUUUCCGAGGAAGAAGAGAAGGUCACAAGAUGUAUCAUGGAGGUCCUUUCCGAGUCGCUGUCCACACAGGGGUCCGAGAGGGUCAGCGGUGGCUGUAUCCGACUACUCAGAGAAGAUGAAAGAUUGAUCUCCGUUCUGCGUCAUCAACAUCUCCUGAGAGAACUAGAGGACCUGAGCCAUCGAGGAAAGUCACAGCAGCACGAAGAACAUGAAAGCAGUGAAGAGGAAGAGCUUAGAAAAAGAACCGAUGAGAGUCCCGUAUCUGCCCCUAAGAGAGAUGCACAAUCAAAAAGGGGGUCACAUAAUGAAGAGUCAAAAGAGUUUGAGAAGAUUGAAAAAGUUGAGGUUAAACAGAAAGAGCAUGGAGCAUCAGCUGAGGAGAAAGCCCAAGAGCUGCUGGAGGAAGAGGAGGACAAAAGAAGUCCUGCCGUAAAGAGAGAUGAAAGUGAAGGUAAAAGAGCUGGGAAUGUAGCCAAGGAUGCUGCAGCCACCAAGAGAAAUGAUAAGGAGAAGAAACAAUUUAGUGAUGAGAGUGAUGAAGACAGCUCAGAGGAAGAUCAUGGUAGAGGAAACCAUGAGAACAACAAAGGGUGGUACCACAGGAACCAUGAAGAAUGGGAAAAAAGAAAAAGAGCAUCCCAGAGGAGGAUGGCAGAGGACCCCAGCCAAGAAGAAACAGCCCAGUUUGAGACUGAAGACAAAGGCAUGAAAUAUUUCAACGCCAAGGCCCACAUGCAUGGUUAUCAUGGGGAAGAGAAGAGACACAUUCACCAUGCAGAAGAAGGAGACAUAGACAGAGAAAGGAACUACUACGGGCAAGAUGAAGAUGAAAUUGCAGGGGAGAGAUAUCAUCACAAUGGCAGACCUGGAAUCCAUGAACAAAGAGAAGAGGAAGAAGAGAGGGAGCUGGAGGAGAUGGAAGAAAGAGAGGAGCAUAGAGCUGAGGAGCGGGAUAUCCAGGCGGUUGAGGAAGAGCUGAGGAAGGCAGCAGAGCGGUUGCAGGAGAUCCACCGGGGCUGAGAGGAAUUGGAUGAAGGUUAAGCCCUACGUCUUCCACCUAAUAACCUGCACAUAUCUCACACAUUGUCUAAUAUCUCGUGUAUGCAAUUUCCUGGUAUUCUUCCACACUGGCCUAUAUACCGUUUAAACAACAGUAAACAACAGUAGGCUAUAUCUGUUGCUAUUGUAAAAUAAAGCUUUCUUGCAAUGCUAGUAUAUUAAUGAAGAACCCCCUAUGUAUGGU